AAGAGGAAGUUAUGUUGGAAGCUUGGGUAGCAAAGCGCAACGCAUGGCUAAAAUGGCGGCACCACCAUACUCUAGCAAAACCCCCCACCACACCACCACACUCACACACAGUAGAGAGAGAGCUAGCGUGGGUUGUAUUUAAGGCUAUUUUGUGUGUGAGAGAGAGAGAGGGAGAGAGAGCUAGCGUGGGUUGUAUUUAAUGCUAUUUUCCUUUUGGGGUUUUGUGCGUUUGGACAUUGAGGAGGAAGGCAGUGAGAGAAAAGCUGUUUAUUUAAAAAAAAAAAUUUCAAUUUCUGAAUUUGAUUUCAUAUCAUGGGACAAAGAAAUGGGUUUGCUGAGAAGGGAGCAGCAGCAGAAACAGAGUGGCUGGGUUUGAUGAUGCAAAAAUCCCAGCAAACCCAACAAACCCAGCAAUCAUUUCCUCGGAAGAAAACGAUGAUGGUGAUGCAUCACCAUCAUCAUCAUCAUGAUCCUCUGCUUGCCAGUGCAGGAAGAGAAGCUUGUGGGGUUUGGGAUAACAGUCCUGCUUCUGGUGGUGGACUUUUGUUUUGCAACACGAGCAAUCCAGUCUCGAGUUGUCCGACUGAUUUAUAUCCUGUCGGUUCUGAUUUUGUCCUCCCAAACUCUCUGCAGCACCAUCUACCUUGCUCUGAUCACAGCCUGGCUUUCAGUUCCACAGGUGGAAUGGUGAAUGCGAAUGUGAGAGUUCCUUUUACAUCAGCUCAAAGGGAAGAGCUUGAGAGACAGACAAUGAUUUACAAGUACAUGGACUCUUCCCCUGCCCCUCCCCAAUUACUUUUACCAAUUUCCAAGUUCCCAAAUUUGGUGAAAGGUUCACUGGAGUUGGGGAUUUCUGGGAGCUCAGAUCCGGAGCCAUGGAGGUGCAAAAGAACAGAUGGAAAAAAAUGGAGGUGUUCCCGAGAUGUAGCUUUUGAUCAGAAGUAUUGUGAGAGACAUGCUCACAAGACCAGGAACCGUUCAAGAAAGCCUGUGGAUUCCCAAACCCUAAACCCCAACCUCCUCACCACCAACAACAACAACAUGAGAAGUCCUAGGUCGAAUUUUUUCAGACAAAACAGCAUCAGCAGCCAGACAACUCCAUUUUCCUGCAACGUGGUUCCUAGUACUGCUGCUGGUGGAUCACAUGUCCAACCCAGGUCCUCGGCAUGGUUCAUGAAUGGGGAAGCCCCAGCUGUGGGUGGUUCAAACCAAGAGUGGGAACAAAUGAUGCCAUUCAAGUUGAGCCUAAAGAGGAGCAGCAGCAGCUGCCCCUACACCAAGCCUACUAACACAGAUGUGGAUAUUCCGAAGCAGCAAACUGAAAGCUCACUAAAUUUGCACACAGAUUGCACGGGUGGAAUCCAAGGCCUGCAAACUCAACAGACAAGGCAUUUCAUCGAUGCAUGGUCCAAGUCAGCAUCAGCAGAGAGAGAAAAAGAUAGGGUCUUUGUUUCUUCAAACCAGAAGCUUCCCCUUUCAUCUCUCACUCUAUCAAUGCGUGGUGGGAAAGGAAGCAAUGAAGGGAGAGAGAGUACCCAAAUGGGGCUUGGAGUUUUGGGGGCAGAGAGGGAAAGUGUUGGGGAUUUGAAGUCUCAGUGGACGAACCCAAUGUCUUGGAUGAUGGGGUCACCACCUGGUGGACCAUUGGCUGAAGCUUUGUGCCUUGGCAUUGCUGGUGGUUCUAAUGGCAGCGACAGUGGCUCCACCAGCUAUAGGAGCUCACGUGGAGAUGGUAGGCAAGAAUAUGAUUUGAUUAACUAAAUGUUUGAUUUGAGGAGGGGCAGUGGUGGUUUGUUUUCACCUAAAUAUUUGAAGUUUUAGCUUUUGUGUCUUUGACUUUUGAAGUAGAUCAAGAAUGGGGAAAAUAAUUGCUGUUUUAGUUGA